AUGAUGUGUCGUGUGUUUUGUUUUCUUGCUUUGCUGCUGAGUGUUGUCUCUUUGUGUGUGACAGCUGAGACGGGUUCUGAUCCUGCUCUUCUUCCUGAUGAUGGUCGUUGUACUGAAGGUUCUGGGUCUUCUGAUGCUCACCAUUGUCGUCGUGGUGGAGGUGGUGGCCCAGAUCCUACUACUGGUGGUCCUUCUCGUGGUGAAGAUGGAGCUGUUGGUACUUGUCCUGAAGGUGCUGCUGGUGAUUCCAGUGACGGUACUUGUAAUCGUUCUUCUUCUGCUGGUGGUGUUGCUGCUGGUACUGGCCCUCAUCCGCAACCUCCCGCAAGAGACUCUGCAUCACUUACACAGGACGUAUCUGCUGAUCAGGGUGCACGGUUAGCCCAAGAUACUCAAAGUGAACCACGUCCUGCAGUAACUGCUGCCGAACCUCCUGCAGGCGUUUCUGGCGACACUGAUGCUCCUUCUGGUCCAGCUGCUCCUUCCACUCCAUCUUCUUCACCAGGUGAGGGGAGCAGUAGUGAAUCUUCAAGUGUUGGUCAAACUGAAAGCGCAACAACAUCAACUUCUACUUCUCCCACUAAUUCGUCCACAGAGAGUACCGGUGAUUCUGAUGGUGGAACGACUGAAAACGGCAUUACACCUGCAGGGAGUGAGUCAGUAAAUAACCCAAGUGAUGCAGAUAGCACAGAUACAACCACCACCACCACCACAACA